AUGUCAGGCCUAUGCUGUCUCUGGGCAACCUUCCCAGAAGGACGUGAGGAAUGGUACGAGAACGAAUAUCUACCAUCAAUCGACUCGCCAAAUGCCAUCCAUGGCAUACAUUGCGAGGUAACGGCGAGCGGUAUGGAGGACGAGCCAGUGGGCAAGUUAGAUUCGCCGUGGCCCUAUAUGACCGUUUGGGAGGUGAAGUCUGUCGACCAGUCCAACAAGGACAUGUAUGAUUUAUCAUACCACCCACCCAGCAGCGAGUUGCAAAGCUCACUCAAGGAUCUGCGAUUCGAUAUCCGAUCAUAUCGAGAGAUCAAGGCUUGGAAACAAGACGAUUGGUCAGGUGACGGUGGUGACAUCGAAUACGUCGCAAGCGUAGCGGCAAUGGAAUGGAACGUGGCUGCAGACAAAGAAGAGGAGGUCUUGAAGUACUACAAAGAUGUCGUCGGUCCCACAAUAUCUAGUUCACCAGACGUACUGCGGUUUCGCCUCUUCAAGAUCGACAAUGCGACAACCAUGCAAGGUGCAAAGUUCGAGAACAAAUCAAAGGACGAGCUACACAGUUACUUCACUCUUGUCGAGUUAGAGUCCGAGCAGUGGCCAUGGGAUGUGGUCGUCGACCUUGCCGAAGACGACAGGUGGAAGAAUUACUUUGAGGGGCAACAAGUUGUGAAAUGGCAGCUUGCUCAUUACCUGACGAAGAGAGUCUACGGGGUGGAAAAGAAAGCCUCUUCCUCGACUUAG